GUGAGCCCUCAGAGUCUUCGGGGGUCACAGACGGGCGUAUAUAUCGGGUACUCGACGUUCGGAAUGCCCGACGGUAUCCCCGAUGAGGUACAGCCAGACUCGCAGAACUCGAUGACUGAGACACUGCUAUGGGUUCCGGGAAACUCAAAGUGUUUGUACGCCAAUCGCGUGUCAUUCGUGUUCGACUUCAAGGGCCCGUCUCUGGUCACAGACACCGCCUGUUCCUCCAGUUUAGUGGCCUUCAAUCUGGCCAUCAAUGACCUCAGACUCGGGAAGUGCGAUCAGGCGAUCGUUGGCGGGUCGCAGAUAAACCUCCAGCCCUUUACGAACCAUAUCUUUCAGACGACUCGUCUCAACAGUUUCGAUGGCGUACCGAAGGUGUGGGACGAGUCGGCCGACGGCUUUGUGAGGGGAGAGACAGUGGCGUGUCUUUUCUUACAGCGCCGGCCCGACGCCAAACGCGUUUACGCCACUGUCCUUAACAGCGGCGUUAAUAUCGAUGGCAACAAAACGAUGGGUAUGUUCUUCCCGUCGGCCGACGGACAGCAGGAGUUGAUGAUCAAGACGUACAAAGAGGCGAACGUGGAUCCGCUCAAAGUGACCUAUUUUGAAGCGCACGCCACCGGAACCAAA